AAGAAGGAGGAACAGAUGAGGAGAAGGGUAUUAGUUUGGAUUAGCGAGAGAAAGAGAGAGAGAGGGCAACCAAGAGAGAAUUAAGUUGGAAUUAGCAUAAUAUGAAGGUCACUUGCCACAAUCGCAGGGAGUUGAUUCGGUGCUUGCGCCAGAAUCCCACCCAACCGAAAGUUAUUGUGUUCACUGCAACAUGGAGUACACCCUGCCGGAUAAUGGAACCAUUUCUGGAUAACUUGUAUAGGAGAUACCAGAACGUUGCUGACUUCCUCUAUGCAGAUGUGGACGAACUUGAGUCGCUCGCUAGGCAAUUAGAAAUCACCGAUCAACUGCCGACUGUGAUACUGCUGAAAAACGGCGGGGACGAAGAGGAAUGGUUUUCGGGAGCCGAUAACGAGGAACUACAGAGACUGUUCCAAGGAUUCUUUCGAUAGAAUUGGUCUUGCAUGCAUGCUUGCUUUCGGAGAUAUUGGCCACUCACUUGCUGCUUAUAUGGCAUGGUUUGUUCGUAUACAAAUAAAGCCCAUCACACAUGGCUUAACCUUAUUGUGUUAGUACGUCAGUGUGGAUUUCUUUUCGCAUAUAUAUCAAACAGACCGGUAUUGAUUGUAAGCUUAUAUUAUAUAUACAAAUGAUAUAUGUAAGAUGAACAAGUUUUUGCUCUA